AUGAAUAGUAUAAAGGGUUCUGCUAAGGAAUUGUUUAAACAUUUAAAAGACGAGCUCAUACAACAAAAUAAUACUUACUCAUAUGAUGAGGACUCUAAUAUAAUUUCUUCUACUCAUUCCAAUGAUGAAGAAUACUAUGAGGACAUAAAAUAUUUAAAAAAAGAACAAUUAAAAGCAUAUAUAUGUAAAUUGAGAAAGGAACUAAGAAAUUAUAAAAUGAGAGAAUUACAUUUACUUAGUGAAAUAAAAUAUUUAAAAAGAAAAGUCACAAGACUCAAUGAUUUGAUAGAACAUGAUAAUAUAUUAUUAAGAGGGAAUAGAAAAGGUAGUAAUUCUUUAAAAUAUUAUGAUGAUAACUAUAGUAAUAAAUCGUAUGAACAAGGUGGAGAAAUAUCUUCUUGUUAUAUGAAAACAUCAGAAGGAAAAUAUUUAAUAAAAAAGAACAGGUUUUUAUAUGAUAGUAAAAAUACAAUUCAUAAUUUUCAUAAAAAACAUAGAGAUUUUUCUAUUAAUAGUAUAAAUGAAAGUAUAAAUAAUUGUCGAAGAAAUAGAUCUAUGUCGAAUACAUUAUUAUAUAAACAAAGCAAACAACAAAACAAACAACAACAUCAACGUCAAGGAGGAAAAGGUUGGGGAUUAGAAUUAGGAAGGGAAGAAGACAGUAGUAAUAUGUUACAUAAUAUUACAAGUAAAUCUGUUUAUUCUUUAAAAAAUAUAAAUGGAUAUAAUAAUGAUAAUAUUAAUACAAUUCUUUAUAGGAAUAAGUAUAACAGUAAUAAUUCAACAUCAUCUUAUUAUAUUAAUAAUAAUAAUAAUAAUAUGAAAAGAUAUAAUAGUUCAACAUCUUUACUAUGUAGUAAUAAAAAUAUAAACUUAUCAAGAAAAAGUCUUAUAAGUAAUACAAUGCAUAAUAAUAAAACAAAUAAUAUUUUUUCAUCAAAUAGAAGCCUUGCCUCUUUUUCAAAAUAUGAAUUGAAACAGCACCUUAUUAGUAACAGUAAACAUAAAAGAGAUAAUUUGUUAACAAAUAAAAUUAACCAUAACAUAACAAGAGAUAUACAAAAUUAUCAUAAGACUCGACAAAGGAUUUUAUCAAAUAAUAAUAUAUCUGAAAAAUCCACAGGCACAUUGUUAAAUAAAUUGUCUACAUUGAAUAAUAAAAAUAAACAUGGUCAAAAAAUAUUACCAAAGAAUAAUAUUAAUAUAAAAUGUAAUAUCAUGAAUCAUAAAGGUAAUAACAAUCCAAAUGAAUGCCCUAGUAAUAUAAUAACAAAACCUAUUUCUAAUGAUAAAGAAAAAAAAAAAAAAAAAAAAAAAAAAAAAAAAAAAAAAAAUUGUUAUGAGGACAUGUUUCAUUUUAAACACCAUCAAAAUAUUUUAAAUAAAAAAUAUACAUCAUCUUAUGAAUAUACAAAAAACAAAACAAAACAAAAUAAAGAAAAUAUGAUAAAUAAAAACGUAAAAAGCAUAUCACAAAAAAAAGAAAAUAAUAUUCAAUCCGUAGAAGCUACACAACAUAAUUUGCAACAAAUAAAAAAUGACUCAAAAAUCCAAAACAAUAAUAAUAUGUCAGAUGAAAAUAAUUCAUUUGUGUUGGAUCCAUUGGUAUCUGAUGAGAAUAAGCACCAAAAGGAAAUAAAAGAUGUUAAACCUAUAAAUGAUGAUGUUAAUAAAACAUCAGGACGUUUAAAUGAACAAACGAAUCUACAAAAUGUUACAAGCGAAAAGAAUAUGACAUACACUUCAAAGAGUAACCAUGAUAGUUUUAUAUCUUCAGAAAAUGAAAGGGUUAAAGAAUACUUAAAUAAAUGUAGAUUAAAACAAAAAAAUAAAAUAAAUACUGAACAAAAAAAUAAAAUAAAUACUGAACAAAAAAAAAGUGAGAAACAACCAUCUUUAAAUACCAUAACAAAAGAAAGUAGGAAUAGCAAAUUGAUCGGCUUAAAACAACAUAUAGACAUAGAAAUAAAGGAAAAUUUUAGAAAAGAACUGGAUGAAUUAAAAAAAAGAAAUAAUAAUAUUAUUUUAAAACCUUCCAACUUUUAUAAUUUUCCUAUGGAUACUAGUAGUAGUAAUACUAGUGAUAAUUCUGAUAAUAAUAUAUGCCAUAAAAAGGAAAAUAUUAACGAUAUGAAAUGUACUAAGUAUAAUGUAAAAACAAAUCCUUUAAAGGAAUCAACACUAUUAAAUAUAUCCUUUAAUUGUAUUGAUAAAAGGAUAACCAAUUUACAAAAUUAUUUGAAAAAUACAAAGAGGUAA